GGAAUGGCUUCUUUGUGUGUUUUAGUGUACACUUUUAUUUUGAAACAGUGGGCGACCAUCAUGUGACUUCAUCACGGGAAAGUUGAAGUCACAUGAAUUUUGGGUCUACUUAAACACUUUCCUAGCCUUUUAACAUUUUUGCUCCUACACCUGGAAUGAUGCAUCUUGUUUUGGUGUGUUUGCUGCUGGGGCUGCUGGAGGUUUCUGGGGCUCCAGAUGCAGAUGAAAUCAAAUAUCUGCCUGGACUUCCAAAACAGCCCAGCUUCAAGCAUUAUUCUGGAUACUUCAGUGUGGCUGACAACAAGCACCUUCACUACUGGUUUGUUGAGUCUCAGAAAGAUCCAGCCAAUAGUCCGGUUGUUCUGUGGCUUAACGGAGGACCAGGAUGCAGCUCCCUGGAUGGUUUGCUCACAGAGCACGGACCUUUUCUGAUCCAAGAUGAUGGUGCAACUCUAGAAUAUAAUCCUUAUUCUUGGAACAAGAUUGCAAAUGUCUUAUACCUGGAGUCACCAGCAGGUGUCGGCUUCUCCUACUCUGAUGACAAGAAGUACACAACCAAUGACACAGAGGUGGCCAUGAACAACUACUUGGCCCUGAAAACGUUUUUCAAGUUGUUUCCUGAGUUCAGCAAGAAUGAGUUUUUCCUGACUGGAGAGAGUUAUGGGGGCAUUUACAUUCCCACACUGGCUGAGAUAGUCAUGGAGGACAGCAGCAUCAAUUUAAAGGGUAUUGCUGUUGGAAAUGGCUUGUCCAGCUAUGAGCUAAAUGAUAAUUCAUUGGUGUAUUUUGCAUACUAUCAUGGGCUUCUUGGUACCAGCUUGUGGAAUGACCUGCAGACAUUUUGCUGCAAAGAUGGAGUGUGUGACUUCUACAAUAACCAGGAUGUGAACUGCUCCGUUUCUCUCUAUGCAGUUCAAAACAUUGUCUACUCGUCAGGGCUCAACAUCUAUAACCUGUAUGCUCCCUGUGCAGGAGGUGUCUCUGACUCUGAAAAUGGCCAAUUUGUGAUCCAAAACAUGGGUCACCACUUCAUCAACCAUCAGUGGUCCAAAGCACAGAACGAGAAAUUUCGAAGUGUGGCCUCCCUGUAUAAAUCUACACGGCUCGAUCCUCCGUGCACCAACUCCACCCCAUCAACCCUGUACCUGAACAACCCUCUGGUGAAGUCUGCUCUCCACAUCUCGCCCAAUGCUUUGGACUGGGUCAUCUGCAGUGCUGAAGUCAAUCUGAACUACAAGCGUCUGUUCAUGGACGUGAAGAAACAGUACUUGAAGCUUCUUGGAGCACUAAAAUACCGUGUGCUGGUUUAUAAUGGAGACGUGGACAUGGCCUGCAACUUCCUAGGAGACGAGUGGUUUGUGGAGUCUCUCCAGCAAGAGGUCCAGGUGCAGCGCAGAUCUUGGAUUUAUUUCAAUGGUGAAACUCAGCAGGUGGGCGGCUUUGUCAAGGAAUUCGCCAACAUUGCUUUCCUCACAGUCAAGGGUUCGGGUCACAUGGUUCCCACUGAUAAACCUAUAGCGGCCUUCACAAUGUUCACUCGCUUCAUCACCAAUAAACCUUUCUAGAACACACUCAGGGAUUUCACUCUUUAAAUCUGAAUUUGCACUGUCACAAUGGUAAACUGUUUAUGAUAUAUUGACCACUGACUGUUUUCUGUUGUUCAGACCUGAUGAGAUUUUCUGCUUUGUGUUUUAUGUAGUUUAGUUGCCUGCCUUGUUUGUUUGAUUUAUGCUGACUGUACAUAAUGAUAUUUUGUUGUAGGUGUUUAAGGGAUUCAGUUUGAAGCGAUUAAGACGUCUAUAUGCCUCUUUUUAUCUUUGAUAAAGUAUGAUUAUGGUUGAUUUAAUAGGAAAAGAUGCUGUGUUUACGAAUUUAAAUUCAAUCCAAUGGUUAUCUGCAGUGAGUGGAUGUUCACUGUUUAUUGCACAAUUUUAGCUUAUGUCUUUUCUAUUAAACGUGAACCUAGCCUUUUUUUAAUCAUCGCACAGAUGAUUUUUGUCAUCAUUUCAGAUAUUAAUGCCUCACUUUUGCCUUUUGUUAAGGUGUCAUUGUCUUCAUUUGAUUACUUUAAAAUGAUUUAUAUGAUCUGUGGUACCUUUUUGUGCUCAUAAGGGAAUAAUAUUUGUGCCUUUUUAUCUUUUCCCCCAGUUUUUUUAAUUAAAGAUCAAUUUUCUAUGA